UCCAUCGAUUAUCGAUCACGGCGAUCGAUCGCCUCCUACCAACGGGGCGGGGCCUGGGAGGCGGUCCGUUGCUAAGGAGGAAGUUUGGCUGCGGCUCGCCGGAGCGUCAUUCAGCGGCGGUGGACUCAGAGCUGCUCUUCACUCUCUCUCUCUCUCUGGGAUUUGAAUAUUUUUUUUUUUUUUUUUUUUUUUUUUUUUUUUUUGUGUUGGCACGGUUCGUGGGACACAGGUGACGGCACGGAACGUGACAAGGGGGCAUCUUCUGGAUCGCAGCGGUGAUCACAGGGAGCUCAGCGAUGAAUAAGCUACGGCAGAGCUUCCGCCGGAAGAAAGACGUCUACGUGCCCGAGUCCAGUCGGCCGCACCAGUGGCAGACGGACGAGGAGGCCGUCCGCAGCGGAAAAUGCAGCUUCGCAGUCAAGUACCUGGGACAUGUGGAGGUGGAGGAGUCCAGAGGCAUGCACAUCUGUGAGGACGCAGUGAAGCGGCUGAAGACGGACAGGAAAUUCUUCAAAGGAUUCUUUGCAAAAGCUGGGAAGAAGCCCGUGCGAGCCGUGCUGUGGGUGUCUGCAGAUGGUCUCCGCGUCGUAGACGACAAAACAAAGGACCUGAUUCUGGACCAGACAAUAGAGAAGGUGUCGUUCUGCGCUCCGGACAGGAACUUCGAGAGGGCGUUCUCUUACAUCUGUAGGGACGGAACCACCCGACGCUGGAUCUGCCACUGCUUCAUGGCCAUUAAAGACUCAGGAGAGCGCCUCAGUCACGCCGUGGGUUGUGCGUUCGCCGCCUGCCUGGAGCGAAAGCAGAAGCGGGAGAAGGAGUGCGGGGUCACCGCGACCUUCGACGCCAACAGAACCACGUUCACCCGGGAGGGCUCGUUUCGCGUUACCACGGCAACGGAGGCGGCGGAGCGGGAGGAGGUCAUGAGGCAGAUACAGGAUGCUAAAAAAGCAGAGACGGACAUGAAGGUUUCCGGGAGCUCGGGCGGUGUGACAAACUCUGCGGUGCACCAGACGGGAGGCUCCCCGUCCCCCUCGUCCUCCCCGCCGCUCUCGGUGUCCGCGCUGGGUCCCCAGGCCAUACCCCGGAGACACGCGCCGGCCGAGGCGCUCGCCCGCCAGGGCUCCUUCAGGGGCUUCCCAGCCCUCAGCCAGAAGACGUCCCCCUUCAAGCGACAGCUGUCGCUGCGCAUGAACGAGCUGCCGUCCACCAUGCAGCGCAAGUCCGACUUCCCCAUCAAAAACACAGUCCCCGAGGUGGAGGGAGAGAGCGACAGCAUCAGUUCUCUGUGCACCCAGAUCACCGUGGCUUUCAGUGGACCCCCGGAGGACCCCUUCUCCUCCGCCCCGAUGCCCAAACCGGCCUCGUCCCCGCAGUCUCCCGUCGCUCCAGUGAAUGGCACGUCUCCCGCCUUCUCUGUUGCCGCCGCUACCGCUAACCCCCCAGUUCUGCCCCCUGCUCUGCCUGCUCGAGACACUAACCCCUGGGCUAAGAACCCAGCAGGGGCCCCGGCCUCAGCGCAGACAGGAAGUGACUGGUCAUCGACUGCCCCGGUGAUAGUGGUGCCGCCCCCGACGUCUUCCCCGGUGGCGCCGUCCCACAGGCGCACGCCGUCAGAGGCCGACCGGUGGUUGGAAGAAGUCACCAAAUCUGUGCGAGCCCCUCAGCCGAACCCCAUCAUGGCGGCGGCCACGCCCACGCCUCCCCCCCAGCCGUUCGCCGCCGCCGCCGCGCCGAUGCCCGUGGCUUCCGUCGCACCUGCUCCCCCGGUGUCUUACAUGCCCUCUCUCCCGCCCGCCGUGCCCAUCCUGCCCCCUCGCCAGCCGGCCUUCCACCCCCCGGCCCCGGCCUCCUACCCCAUGUCCAACGGGAUCCCGUUCUCCCAGCCCAGCGUGCCCGUGUUCGGCAUCACCCCUUCGCAGAUGGUGGCCAACGUGUUCGGCUCGGCGACGCAGCCCCAGCAGUUCCCCAUGCCGGCCGGGACGACGCCCCAGCACGACGUCCACGCCGGGGGUCACGUCAGCCCGUUCAUCAAACCCCCGCCGCCGUCCGCCGCCGCCGCCGCCGCCGCCGCCGCGAUCCCCACCCCCCUGCAGCCGUCCAACGGCAGCGUGACCUUCAACGGGGCGGACGGCUGGGCCGCUCCGGCUCAGGUCCCUCCGUCCUCCCCCUCCACCCUGCCCCCGCCCCCGCAGCCGCAGGAGGACGCCUUCGAGGCCCAGUGGGCGGCCCUGGAGGGACGCUCGCGCCAGCGCACCACGCCGUCGCCCACGAAUCCCUUCUCCACCGAGCUGCACAAGACCUUCGAGAUCCAGCUCUGAGGAACCGCGUUCGUUUAGAGUAGAGAAAAAGUACCGGACAAUAAAAGACUCGAGCAGCUGGAUGAUUGACGACGGAAGAGGUGGGAAUGUCCUCCUCUCGGUUUUAAGUGGAUGAACUCAGCAGGGCUGACGUGAGGUGGAGUGAAUCAGUGGGGAGCAGGACCCUAAGACUGGAAGAAGAAAAAAAAAAAAAACACACAACAGGCUGCAGCUCCCCGGGCAUUUCAUUAGCAUCGUCUCUAUUGUUUUGUUUGUGCCGUGGAGCGCGAGGCCGCCAUCACCCUGUGGAAUAUCUGUGUGGCGCCACACCCCGUCUGCCCCUCCACCUGCCCAGGUGUGGCCGCCCCUCCCCCCUCCCUCCCUCCCUCCCGUCAUUAGCUCCCAGCGCCCCCUGUUGGCAGGACAAUCCCUCCCUCACCUGGAGGAACUGCAGCACUGAGAACCCGGCUUCCACAUGAGGAGUUCUCAUUAAUAACUUCCCAGUCAUGAGAAUAGAGCGAGACAAUGCCAAAAUCUUUAUUUUUAUGCAUUAAGUAUAUUUUAAAUAGCUUUGGAAUCUAACAGAAGAGUUGUAAGUAAUUUUGCCAAAGGCACAGGCUAGCUACGAUGAAACAAGUUUAUGUUCGUGUAUACAAGAAAUGAUCGUAUAUGUUAUACAUAAAUAUAUAUAUAUAAAUAUCUAUAAAGAAUCUAUACUGUACACACAGCUCACGGCAGUGCUAAUUUUUAAUGUGAUGUAAAGAGAUUUUGUGAAGGGACAGCUGCUUUACUUUUGUGUUUUAUUUUUGUUUUUUUAAAAAGAAGAUCUCUUCAUCGCCGUCUCUUGCAUCCUGUGAUUGGAUGUGAAGCAUCUCACUGUAAAUAGGGAAUCAUUGCAGCAACAAUCAAUGUGGACCUAGCGAUGGUGGCGGUGCCCGACUGGUUGCCUCUCUGACCUGUGCUCAGUUUUUAAUAGUUUAGUACACAACAGUACUUAACGUCUAACUUCUCCCGUCUUACUCUGCAUUCUUAUUUCGUGUGCGGUAACGACCUCCCUAUUUGUUUUGUUUUUUAAUAUUUUAUUUAACACGGUAGGAUGCAUUGUCUCUUUCUCCACAUUCUUUUUUUUUUUUUUUUAGUAGUAGUUGAUUUGUUUUUUCUGUUUUAUUUUGCACAAGCACUAAAGUAGAUGAUUCGAACCUCACAGGUGACCUUGAUCAACGUGGGUUGGGUCAGUUGUGGUGCUGCAGUGGCUGACCUGCCCCGUCCUCCGUUAGCCUCCCGUGGUUCUGACGGGCAGCAGAAAAACUGCAGGGAGAUUUAAAAACGAAAAAAAUAAGAAAAAGGAAAAAAAAAAAAAAAAAGGUUUCAUCUCUCACCGUCUGAUUUCUCUCUGUCAUGUUUUUAUUUUUUUAAAUCAAGCCUGUGAAUACGAUCUAUUCUCUGAUCUAUUUUUCCAUUUUGUAAUUAUUUCAUUACUUUAUUCCACUUUUUUGGAGAAAUAUUGAAGCUAAAAGAUUGAAUAAAUUCAUGGUGGUAGAGGAAAAAAAA